CGAGGUUCGUUUCGCGCUGGCAAAGGUGGGCAAACAGGAGACGGGUUUUCCUUCUCAGGCUCCAUAUCCAAAACUGUGUGAUGCACCUCCUAACACUGCACAGAGCUGAGCAGUGUGGCUUGGCAGAGUCCAGAAGUGGAUCUUGGGCCAGGAAGAUACCCACCAGUCACCAGCCACAUGGUACGGACAGGAUUGAGAUGCACAGGUGGCUAUCCACCCUCCUCAAGGAACAAGACACAUUCAAAUUAGAAGAAAGAGUACUGUGCUGCAUUCUGCACUGUCUAUGGAAGGAAGAUGAGCUGAGACAUGACAUACUGGAAGAUGCAGAUGUGCGGAAGAAGGCAUUCAACAUGUUUCUUAUGGAGGCCUUAGAUGUUUACCAGGCAUCCAGAAACAGUGGAGGACACAAUUCAAGGCUGUCUCAGCACAUUGUUGACGUCCUGCCCAUGGGUCCAGACAAGUCAAUGGAGGGGGACCCGACGGCCCCGGCAGAUGUGGGAUCGCCGGCGGGUGGUGGUGCGGCCACCGGGGGGGCCGCGGAGCCGCCAGCGCCAGCGGACGCCGCCCCGUCAGACGAGGCGGCACCGGCCCCGGCCGCCCCGCCCCAGACGGAGAUACGGCACAUGGCGGCCAAACGGCAGCGCCCGGAGGACGCCGACGACGCGACGGACGUGUGCAGCGAGCUCACCGUGGCCAAGAUUUCGGGCCGCAACAUCACCAAACGUGAGAAGGCCACAUGGAAGUCCCUGUCCCAGCAGCUGCCAGAGGAGCACAUCGUCCUGCCCACUGCCAGCCUUCUCUUCAUCAGGUGUGUGCGCUGUCCGGAGCUAGUGUUCACCGAGUACGCGGCCAUGCAGGACCACUGGGAGGAGCGGCGCCACUGUCUCUGCUGCGUCAUGUGCGACGCGCUCAUGGCCCCGGCCAGCAUGGCUCUGGGACACCUGCGGCUCGCACAUCAGCACGCAGUGCCGGACAACUGGUUCGUGUUCGUGGCGUGCCUGCCGUGUCGGUGGUCCGACUUCGGCUCCACCGAGGACGUCAUCAGCCACAUGGCCUCGCACCGGGCGGCGCGGGCGCUCCAGCCGGCCGUCUACCCACCCCACCUCACCUGCUUCAAACGGGUGGUGUGCAACCAGUGCGGCCGCGUGCUGGUGGACAGCCGGUCGGAGGCGGUGGACCGGUACCUGCGACGGCCCGGCACGCCGUGCCAGCACGAGCAGGCGCCGACCGUGGCGUGCGCCACGUGCCGCCUAGUGUGGGCUGGCGCCGCCGCGCUGGCCGCCCACCUGCGCCUCGACCGCGGCUCCUGCUACCACCUGAGGACUAAGGCCCCGGCCGGCGGCUGUCCGCUGUGUCGGCGAGCCAUGCAGCCGGGCGAGUCGCUGCCCGACCACCUGCUGGGGCACGCGGCGGCUGGUCUGCGCUGUGUGCAGUGCGGUCUGGUGACGGACACGCACACCGAGAUGGCGGCGCACCGGCAGUUCCUGUGGCGCUGCAGCUGCGCCGCCUGCGACACGAGCGUCGGCCGCGGCAGCCGCCUGCUCCGCCACGUGCUGGAGGACCACGACGGCGGUCGCAUGCUGACGGAGACACGGCGCGCGCGGCCGCAGCGCAACGCGCCGGAGCAGGGCAUGUGCGCCAUCUGCGGCCGCCACCAGACGCGCCUGCUCGACCACAUGCGGCUGAUCCACCGGCGGCGCCACUGCCAGUGCUGCGGUCGCGAUGUGUCGGUGGCCACCUGGCUCAGCCACAGACGCCGCCGCGAGCAGCCCGAACGGCUGUUUUGUGACCAGUGCGACACGAUGUUCAGCACCCCAUCGGCGCUGCGCGUGCACAUGCGGCAGCACAGCGGCGAGCGACCGUUCCAGUGUGACGCCUGCCAGAUCGGCUUCGCCAGGAAGAAGCAGCUGGUCACGCACGUGCACAGGAAGCAUCACAACGGCGGCACGUGACGGGGCCGGCACUGGCGCCACGUGUCUGGGGCGUGUCCGCGAUUAACGGCGUCUGCCGCGGCGAGGAGACUCCCUCCGGCGCAGGCUCACCGGCGGGCGGGAGGCGGCCGGCGGGGGAGGCGAGCACACGUGGUACUGCCGCGCAGUGAUAGCUUUCUCCACCGGCCGGCGGCAGCUGUGGGAGGCGCGGGUGUCACUGCGCGGCUGGGCUAGCUGCCAGAGAUCUGACACGGGUCAGACGAGCCGCCAAUACCUGCGGGAUCGCCUCUUCGCUGCCGUGAGCGAUUCUCGUGGGACAUGUUAUGAGGUCAUGCGUUGCAUUCCUUUAUCGCCUGUCACCGGUUGUCAUGUCAUAUUGCAUGCAGUUUGUGGGCUGAGACUGCAAAACGUGGUAUCCGAGUUCGAAGUUGUUUUAAUGGUGCACAAUUCGUAUUGCUUGCGGCGAUAUCGGGCAGCCAGCUACUCAAGUGUGGCAGUGCUGGUGUCUCGAUCAAAAAAGUGUUUGCCAUGUCUGUGAUAGUUGCAAAACGGUGUCCAUGGUGAAUAGAAUGAUGACGCGAG